AUGUCUGGAACAGAAAAUGGUCCGAAAAAACGGAAAGCUGAGUCUGGUGGAGCACAUGAUGGCGGGAACAAAAGAGCUAAGGGCAAAAAAAACCGGGACAUGCCCCGGAGAUAUACUGCAGAUCGCGCUAUUCAGCCUGGUGAUACAGGCAUAUGGGCAACAUGCGCCAUGAAGAAAGAAGCAAAAUCUGUCAAUGACCUGCGAGAUCUAUUCCAAGAGUACGCUACUAAGUUGUAUGGGUCGGCUGAGUCUAAUGGGCCAGCUUCAGACGACGAUUCAGAUGAUGAGGGAGGUGAUAUCGAAGCCGAGAUCAAGAAAGAGCUUGCCGAGAUUCGCAAACCAACUACGAAGCCCUUGUUCACUUCGCUCAAACUUGAUACCCAGUGCUUGAUGUUUUUCAGGACACGAUCUCCCCUUGAGCCUGUCUCGUUUGUCCACAAGAUCUGUCAAGAUAUCGCAGAUGGCGCUCAGCCGAGAAAUCUGAGCUACGUGAAGCGACUUACGCCCAUCACGGCAACCGACAAGGCCACGCCCGAGGGUCUCGAGGCUGUUGCGAAACAGGUCCUUGCACCCCAUUUCCAUGGCGCAGAUCAAGCGGGGAAAAAAUUUGCGAUACGGCCAUCGAUCCGCAACAACAAGGUGUUUCUGCGAGACAAUGUGAUCCGCACGAUCGCAGCCCUGGUAGGACCAGACCACAAGGUCGACCUUAAGGGGUAUGAUCUGCUCAUUCUCGUUGAGAUUUACAAGAAUGUCUUGGGCAUGAGCGUUGUGGGACGUGAUUUUGACACGCUCAAACGGUACAAUAUCGACGAGCUCCGGCAGCCACGAGCCAGCGCUCGAGUGGAAGCCAAAGAAGAGGCCAAGGAGGCGAUUGCAAAUGUGGAAGAGGCCUAAUCGGACGCGGACUUGGUUCGGCCUGUUCCUUCCGUCGCCGGUGUCAAUGUCAAGGCCACAGCGCCAACGCACCAACCUCCACAAAUGCUCCGAUCGGGGGCACUCUGGCUUGCAAGUGUGGUGACACUUGGGCGGAGACAGUAAGCUUAGUGAAACCGUGUAGGCGACACAACAUGCAGAUGCUCAGCGCUCCGGUGCGACUCGUCUCCAAUGUGCCGGGGACCCAGUUCACGGCUUACCGGGCGCGUUUACGGGACGCCAGUGUGAAGAAAGAAAGGGCGUCAAAUGUUUGGAAGGGCUCGACAGCCCUAGGCUUGAAAGCGAG